UUUCGGCUCUGUCCGUCAUUGUGUCGUCUCCGAACGGCCAUUUGCCUCCAUUUUGCAGUCGUGUGUGUGUGCGUGCGUGUGUGUACGUUGUCGGUACGAGGAACUGGACCGAAAGCGGAGUCUCUGAGUAAAUUUCUACAGAAAUGGACGGCAUCAGUGACGUUGCAGUGGGUGUGAAGAGAGGAUCAGAUGAGCUGAGUAUGUACAACAGUCCCAACUCUGGCAUGAGCAGUAUCAGUGAUGGGACUUCUAAUGGCAGCGAUAGUAAAAAGCUGAGGGUGGAGGAGGCCCCACCAUCCCGUGUCCUCCAUAUCCGGAAGCUUCCCAACGAGGCCUCAGAGACCGAAGUCAUUGCGCUUGGCCUUCCCUUUGGCAAGGUCACCAACAUCCUCACCCUGAAGGGAAAGAACCAGGCAUUCUUGGAAAUGGGAACGGAAGAGGCAGCCAUCACAAUGGUCAAUUACUAUACCACUGUCACUCCUCACGUUCGCAAUGUCCCUGUCUUCAUCCAGUACUCCACCCACAAAGAGCUUAAGACUGAUGCUGGCAACCAGCGGACCCAAGCAGUGCUCCAAGCUGUGUCGGCAGUGCAGUCAGGCGGUUCACCCAGCUCAGACGUUCAAGAGGCCCUAGCUGCAGCCUCCAGCCCAGUGCUGCGGAUCAUCAUUGAUAACAUGUUCUACCCCGUAACACUCGACGUUCUGCAACAGAUUUUCUCUAAGUUUGGCACGGUCAUGAAGAUCAUCACCUUCACCAAGAACAAUCAGUUCCAGGCCCUGCUGCAGUUCAGUGAUCCUGUCAAUGCCCAGCAGGCUAAACUGGCGCUGGAUGGCCAGAACAUCUAUAACUCAUGCUGCACCCUGCGCAUUGACUUCUCCAAGCUAGUCAACCUAAACGUCAAGUACAACAAUGAUAAGAGUCGUGACUACACCCGGCCAGAGUUGCCUGCAGGUGAUGGCCAGCCCACCCUCGACCCCUCAGUGGCCGCAGCCUUUAGCAAAGACUCCAACUCCCUGCUCGGUAAGAUCCCAGGAGCCCUGAACCCUCUGAGUGCAGCAGCAGCGGCAGCUGCUGCUGCAGGGAGGGUGGCCCUGGCCGGACAGUCAGGCUCCAGCGGGGUCCUGCUGGUCAGCAACCUAAAUGAGGAGAUGGUUACGCCCCAAAGUCUGUUUACCCUCUUCGGGGUGUAUGGGGAUGUCCAGAGGGUGAAAAUCCUUUACAACAAGAAGGACAGUGCUCUCAUUCAGAUGUCAGAUGCCAACCAGGCGCAGCUUGCUAUGAGCCACCUGAAUGGCCAGAAGAUGUAUGGGAAGAUCAUCCGGGUGACGCUGUCUAAGCACCAGACCGUGGCACUACCUCGCGAUGGCUUGGAUGACCAGGGUCUGACCAAGGACUUCACCAACUCUCCGCUGCAUCGCUUCAAGAAGCCCGGAUCCAAGAACUUCCAGAACAUCUUCCCGCCCUCAGCUACCCUUCACCUCUCCAACAUCCCACAAGAUGUGACUGAAGAUGAUCUGCGGCUGUUGUUCUCCAAUGCUGGUGGCACUGUGAAAGCAUUUAAGUUUUUCCAGGACCACAAAAUGGCUCUCCUCCAGAUGUCGACAGUAGAGGAGGCCAUCCAGGCUCUGAUCGACCUUCACAAUUACAACAUGGGAGGAAACCAACACCUGCGGGUCUCCUUUUCCAAGUCCACCAUUUAGAAAUCUGACCCAUAAACUCACAACAAUAUACCACGGCUUUACUGCCUCCAGAGCCGCCGGUCAGCACCCAUUUGGACUGUGUCUGGACACUGGGGGGACCAUAUUGAUGGGGUGAUUGUUAGGUUGAUUUGAUUGGCUUUUUUGUUGGUGUUUUUGUUGUUGAUCCUGUCAUUCCUUGAGAGACUGAAACAUUUGACUUGCAGCCCAAGUAGUUUUUUUUUUUCCUUAUGAAGAAACAUGGUGUAUAUUGUAGAUUCGGCACCGUCUCUUCAGUUGCCCCUCCAGCUGUACCUCUACACUCUGACCACUUGUGUCACAAGCAAGACAUUUUCUUUGUCCUGAUUUACUGUCCUCCUGUAUGAGUGUGAGGUUGAUGGAUAUCAGGCUCCACUUAAUUCUUUUUUAGUUGAGAAGAUACUUAUGUGCCUUACUUGACAAUAUCAACUGUUUCUACAGCUGAACAUGUUCAUUAAAUACCUUCCCAUGCUUUUGAGGCACAUUGGUAUUGGAUAGUUUUGGGAGAUAGUGAGAAUGCAACCUGUCUUAUCAUCUUCUAGACAUUAACAGUUUCUGAAGCUCUGCCACCAACUAGCUGUAGCCUUUUCCCUCCAGGGUUUUACAACAGACUUGUUUUAGUUCAGGAAUAGGAACAAGACAUAUUUCUAUCCAUUUUUUCCUGCUAUCAGCGAGGCAAGAAUGUUGAAGAAAAUAUUUUGAAAAAAAAAGCAUACAAUUGGAAACUUUAUUUCUUCAGAAUUAAUUUCAUUUGUAAGCUUGUUUUCUCCAGUUAAGCUUUUCAUCCCUCUCGAGCUGAACUGUUAUAGCGUGGCUCGUAGCUGAGUAUUUCUUUAUAGGUGUUUUUUAAAUCUUCCAUGCUUUUUCUAUAGCAGUUAGGUGUAAUUGUCAAUGAGAGGUUUUAUAAGCAUGUGUAGUUCUGCUAGAAUCUGGAAUCAGAAAGUGUUGCAUGCUUUGGAUGCAAUUAGAGUUGAGUCCACUGUGAUUUCAUUGUCAUGUGACAGUUUACUCAAGAGAGGGCUACCUGGUUGGACCAAAGUUUAUGUGCCUUUAGUGUUACUUUACUUUGAUUCACUUUAACAGAAACAAACAUUUGAUGGAAACGCUGAAAUAAUGAUGCAUUUCAGGGAGAGAAAAAAAAAAAAAAACUGCAGUCAUAAAUUAGUUAAUACCCUUUCUGGUUUGGUCCUUGGGGAUGAGUUACAGAAUAUCCUUCCCUUCAAAAACUUUAGACAUUUAUCAAGGCAAAUAUGUUCUAUGUUCAGAAAUAACAGGCAAUGUAUAUUUUCUAUCUUAGUCUCACUUUUUACAUCUUAAAUGUAAGAAUUCGGUAUAGUUUGGAAGAGGCACAAUUAAAGGAUGAUUUUUUUCUAACAAGGGGAGGUGCGACUUGGUUUCCUGCUUUUUGAUUGUCCCCUUUCAUGGUCUCUCUCUCUCGCUCUCUCCUAUGUGUAUUCUGCAUUACCUGUAGCAUGCCAAAUAAAACUCUUCUGUAGCUCUGCA